AUGAACUCAGUCGAUGCAUCUGAGCACUACGAGCUCAAUGCAACAGAACUUGCACCUUCUCUGCUCACCGUGAUUCUCGAUACGAAUCCACAUGCCUGGGCCACCCUGGAGAACUCGCUCCCGCUGACCAAGGCCGUGGCAAACAUUCUCGUCUUUAUCAAUGCCCAUCUCGCCUGUAAUUAUGCGAACGAGGUCGCGGUGGUGGCAUCUCACACCACGAAAGCAACAUGGCUGUACCCUGUGCACGAUGAAGACCCAACCAAAGCAUUAGCCGACGGCGACGGCGACAUCACAAUGAAUGGUCAGGAUGGAACAGGGUCACAGACCAACAAAUACCGCCCGUUCCGCGUCGUGGAGGAACGAGUCACACAACGGUUGAAAGAACUUAUGGAUACGACGAGCAGCGAGGAUCUUCGCGGGAACACAUCCACUAUGCUCGCGGGGGCGCUGACCCUGGCUUUAAGCAACAUCAAUCGGCGGACCAUUGCCUGGGCCGAGAAGCACGGCGGUGCAGAUUUGGAAGAUGCCGCCGGUGAUACCGGUGGUGGUGGCAGUGGGCCUGCAGGGGGUACAGGACCAGGGCGGUACUCGGCAGCAAGCGACGACGAACGCCUCCAAAGCCGAAUCCUGAUCGUUUCGGUCAGUGGGUCCAGCGACUCGGCGCACCAGUACAUCCCCGUCAUGAACGGCAUUUUCGCCUGCCAGCGAUUGCACAUUCCUAUUGACGUGUGCAAAUUGAGUGGCGAUGCGGUGUUUCUGCAGCAGGCCUGCGAUGCCACCAAGGGCGUCUACAUGGCUCUUUCUGAACCGCGUGGCCUGCUGCAGUAUUUGAUGAUGGCUUUUCUUCCGGACCAACGCUCACGCAAACAUCUCGUUUUGCCGACGCGCGUCGAUGUUGAUUUCCGCGCGGCAUGCUUUUGUCAUCGACGGGUCGUGGACAUUGGCUACGUCUGCUCUAUUUGCCUCAGCAUCUUCUGCGAGCCGCCUCCCGACAAUGAGUGUCUGACGUGCGGGACGCCGCUCGACAUUGGUGACUUUGGCUCUAAACCAGCUCUCAUUCCGAGAAAGAAGAAGAAAAAGAAGCGAGCGAAUGGGACAUCGACGGUAGGAACGCCCAUGUCCACGGGAACGCCAACCCCCGGCCCGGGCUGA